AGGCCCGCUCCCAUCCCCUGCGUCCGGUUCUCGUGCGUUGCUUCGCCCCAGCCCACACACCUCUGCCCCGGACCCAUUUCGGAGGCGGGGCCGAGGCGCCUCUCAGUCGGAGCCGCGAGCACGAGCGCGUGCCUACGACAGCGCGUGCCAGCCCGGUCGCGAGGAGACUCCGCCUUCCCGUCCCGCCCCCGCCGGCCUCCAGUCCUCCGACUACUUUCUGGGCGCUGAGCAGCUAUGGAGGUUCCCGGUAGCCUGUGCAAGAAAGUCAAGCUGAGCAAUAACGCGCAGAACUGGUGAGCUGGCGGCUGCUGAAACCUGCAUCCCUCGAGGGGAGCUGCCCGCAUCCCCUCCAGUGGCCUGAAGGUCUGCGGAGGAGGCAGAGGCAGGCGUCUUUGGUGAUAAGGACGGAGAAGAGAUAAAAGGUGAAUUAGACCAUUGGAAAGAGCGCUGGACUAGCGGCCUGGUCUCUGGUUCCAGCUUUGCCGUGUAGUAGUUGUGUGAUCCUGAGUAAAAACCCUCGACUUCUUUAAACCUCAGCUGACUUAAAGGGGAUGCAGAGGGCAACUAAUGUCACCUAUCAAGCUCACCACGUCAGCAGGAACAAGAGAGGUCAGGUGGUGGGGACCAGAGGUGGCUUUCGUGGUUGCACGGUUUGGCUAACAGGCUUAUCGGGAGCAGGAAAGACCACAGUAAGCAUGGCUUUGGAGGAGUACUUGGUGUGCCAUGGUAUUCCAUGCUACACUUUGGAUGGUGACAACAUUCGUCAAGGUCUCAAUAAAAAUCUUGGCUUUAGUCCUGAAGACAGAGAAGAGAACGUUCGACGCAUCGCAGAAGUUGCUAAGCUGUUUGCAGAUGCUGGCUUAGUGUGCAUCACAAGUUUUAUAUCACCUUAUACUCAGGAUCGCAACAAUGCAAGACAAAUUCAUGAGGGCGCAAGUUUACCUUUUUUUGAAGUGUUUGUUGAUGCUCCCCUGCAUGUUUGUGAACAGAGGGAUGUCAAAGGACUCUACAAAAAAGCACGGGCUGGAGAAAUUAAAGGUUUCACUGGGAUUGAUUCUGAAUAUGAAAAACCAGAGGCCCCGGAAUUGGUGCUGAAAACAGACUCCUGUGAUGUAAAUGACUGUGUCCAGCAGGUUGUGGAGCUUCUACAGGAACGGGAUAUUGUACCUGUGGAUGCCUCUUAUGAAGUGAAAGAACUGUAUGUGCCAGAAAAUAAACUUCAUUUGGCAAAAACAGAUGCAGAAACAUUACCAGCAUUGAAAAUUAAUAAAGUGGAUAUGCAGUGGGUGCAGGUUUUGGCAGAAGGUUGGGCAACCCCGCUGAAUGGCUUUAUGAGAGAGAGGGAGUACUUGCAGUGUCUUCAUUUCGAUUGUCUUCUGGAUGGGGGUGUCAUUAACUUGUCAGUACCGAUAGUUCUGACAGCUACUCAGGAAGAUAAAGAGAGGCUGGACGGCUGCACGGCUUUUGCUCUGAUGUACGAGGGCCGCCGCGUGGCUAUUCUUCGCAAUCCAGAGUUUUUUGAGCACAGGAAGGAGGAGCGCUGUGCCAGGCAGUGGGGAACAACAUGCAAGAACCACCCCUACAUCAAGAUGGUUAUGGAACAAGGAGAUUGGCUGAUUGGAGGAGAUCUUCAAGUCUUGGACCGAAUUUAUUGGAAUGAUGGUCUUGAUCAGUACCGUUUUACUCCUACUGAGCUAAAGCAGAAGUUUAAAGAUAUGAAUGCAGAUGCUGUCUUUGCAUUUCAGUUACGCAACCCAGUGCACAAUGGCCAUGCUCUAUUAAUGCAGGAUACCCAUAAGCAACUUCUAGAGAGGGGCUACCGGCGCCCUGUCCUUCUCCUUCACCCUCUUGGUGGCUGGACAAAGGACGAUGAUGUUCCUCUGAUGUGGCGUAUGAAGCAGCAUGCUGCAGUGCUGGAGGAAGGAGUCCUGAAUCCUGAAACCACAGUGGUGGCCAUCUUCCCAUCUCCCAUGAUGUAUGCUGGACCAACUGAGGUCCAGUGGCAUUGCAGAGCACGGAUGGUUGCAGGAGCCAAUUUUUACAUUGUUGGACGAGACCCUGCUGGCAUGCCUCAUCCAGAAACAGGGAAGGGUCUGUAUGAGCCAACUCAUGGCGCCAAAGUGCUGACCAUGGCCCCUGGCCUAAUCACCUUGGAAAUAGUUCCCUUUCGAGUCGCGGCUUAUAACAAGAAAAAGAAGCGGAUGGACUACUAUGACUCUGAGCACCAUGAAGACUUUGAAUUUAUUUCAGGAACACGAAUGCGCAAACUUGCCCGAGAAGGCCAGAAACCUCCUGAAGGUUUCAUGGCUCCCAAGGCCUGGACCGUGCUGAUGGAAUACUACAAAUCCUUGGAGAAAGCUUAAGCUGUUAACCCAGUCAUUUCACCUUUGACACCUCACUGAGUAACAAGAGGGGACCAUGUAGUUACUGUUGGCAUUUCUUUGUGGUGGUAUCUGUAUGAACAUGCUUCCUAAAAACAGACCCUUUUCCUUAACUAGCAUCAGUUUUGGUCUGCCUUAUGAGUUCUGUUCUGAACUAGUAUAACACACUGCUGGUUUUAAUGUAUCUUUUCCACUUACUAUAGUUAAAUAUUCCUACAAUAUAGUCUUUUUGUAUUAUAUUUAUGCUUCUGUCUCAUGAUUUUUUCAACCUGUUAUAUCAGUUGUAACCAAUAGUAUACACAUUGAAUCUCACUUUUCUUCUCUUGAAAAAAGAAAAAAAAAUCCACUAAACAAUAAACUUGGCUAGACCUUGUUUGGGAAUUUUACAAGACGUCUGUAGCAUUUAGAUUUUUUCUUCUACAUUGGAAGUACAGACUGCUUUCUUCCUUCCCAUCAGCUAUUGAUCUCUCAACUGUUAUAAUCUAAAGUAUGUUAAUAUCUGUGUAAGCCCUGAAUGAACUUUAUUCAAUAAAAUUAAA